UCGCCUUCAUUAAAUAGAGCACGCAGGGAAACAUAUUAGUCAAUUGACUUUUCUCGUUCCCUCCUCCUCGUUUGAGAAAGAAAUGGCAUACAAAGUUUUGCUUCUGUUGGGUCUCUUAGCAGUUCUUCUCGUCGCCUCGGAAGUUGCGGAAGGAUCUGGAAGGCAGCCGGGCACUGUAAAAUCAGCGAGCCGCGGAAAAGUACAACCUGAUCAAUAUGGUGGAGGAUAUGGAGGAGGAGGAGGAGCAAGUGGCUGCUCUCCCGGCUGCUGCAUGGCUGCACCAGGUUAUGGUGGCUGCUCAAAAUGUGGACCAGGUUAUGGUGGUUGCUCAAGAUGUUGCUAGAACAAUACAAUCUAUUCACCACACCAGCAUUGUUGCUUCUAUGUGUGUGCGUGAGUAUAUGUAAAACUCGUAUGGUGUCAGAAGUAAAGUGCCUCAUGUGUACUACUAAGUAAUAAAGAGCACGAUAUAUUAAGAAGCGAAACUAAAUAUUGGAAAGGUUUUAUAAUGUAAUAUCGCUGUGUUUGCUUUGUAUUAUUCUCUGUAUGCAUGAUAAACCAACCUAUAUAAUAACUCAAUGUUCUCUUUCAAUAUAUUAAUUUUGGAUAUCAAAA